CGGAGAAGCGUCCGGAGACAAUUCGUUCGGUUUCGGAUAGAGAAUAGCGAAAAAGGAUCGAGUGCAACCAUGUUUCCGAAAGGAUUUAGAAAGGCGAAAAGGGUCACGAAUGUGCCUGGAAAGAGCGGAUGGCUGUAAAAGAGUGAACGUGCAGCUGAAACCGCUGGCUUGGUGCUCUUUUUCGAACAACAAAGCAUUACCCUCUUUCUCUCUUUCUCUCGUGACAUUUCUCAUUCUCGCUUUCUCUCUCUCUCUCUAUCUCUAUCUCUCUUUCUCUCUGUCUCUCCCUCUAUCUCCUUCUCUAUCUCUCUUUUUUUCUCCAUCAGGUUUUCAGGAAUUCCGCUCUUGCCAGUGACAACGAAAGAGCUCGUCGAUCGACUUUGUCGGGCACGUGUGUGCGUGGGCGUGAUGAUAUUUGAACUCUCGAAGCCGUCAAAAGCCGGGCCCUUUAGCGGCCUGCUCUUUUGUUCCGAGCACACGUAUUCGCGACAGGCAUCUGGCAUUUAAUGGAGAUGAUCGUAGUUUUCCUUUGUCACCGAAUGGAUGCGUUUAUUUAAUAUCCAACACCGUCCAAAAGGCCACGUGUCUCGACUACCGUAUUCCUCCAUUUUACGUUCUACCUACUAUCGUUUGUUUACUUUUUUCAUCUCUAAACGUUCCACGCGAGUCAUAAUUUUUCCAAGAACUAUGACACAUGCUGUGUGUGUUUACGUAUUUCUCUCGCUGUUCGUUCGUUAAGGAUUUUCAAGGAGCAAUCGGGAGAAGAAGUUUUGUGUAUCGAAGCCGCGUCCCAAAUCAUUGCGCGAACGUUAUCGACAUCGGAGAAAUUAUUUUCCAAGUGAUUUUCCAUUUUCUCUCUCUCUCUCUUUUUCCCUCUUUUCUUGUUAAACACAAGUUAAUGGACUGUUUCUUCGACGGAAAUCGAACAAUUCGAGUGGUAGAGAGGGAGGGGGUUGUAUACCGUAUCGGAACAAAGCGAAUGCACGAUGCAUAUGCACAAGGGAUUUUGCGUUGCCAGCUUGCAGACCGAUGAUUAGAGGUGGGAAUAUACCGAUACCAAGAUAUAUGGCUUCCUUUCGCGAACUACUUUCCUUGAUUCGUUCUGUGUACAUUGUUCCCAUUCGACGAUACAAAUCUUGCAUACACACGGGCGAACGCGUGUCUUUUUCUUUCUCUCUUCCUUCUUCCCUUUAUUUCCUCUUUCUUCCCUUUUUUAUUUUUUAUUUUUUUUUUAAUUAGAUCUCGUUUCGAUCAAUGCGAGCGACGAAUAAACCAAGUCGAUUUAUUAACCGUACUCGCGAACGUAAAAUACGUAGCAUAAUUGGCGCAUAAAUAGACGGGGAGCGCAGGUGACAGUUGGUAUUUCGCCAUUGUCGGUUGAUUUUUUUAAUCUCGUCGAACCGAAUGAACGCGAGAGCGCGUAUUACACGGGAAAAAAUUUUUAAUUAACAUCCGACUUUUCGAACACGCUCCUCCGUUCGAAUCGAAAAAAAUAUUAACGAUCCACGGUUAUGAUCAAUUUAAAUGGCCAUGUAUUUUCAUGGAACACGCGGGUGAUUUGUACCGCGAUCUAAAUACGUGAUUUGCGCGUGAAUCGACAGAACCGGUUCAUUCUGUUUUCCUGUUUUUCGACCGACACAUCCUUUUUUUCAGCUUCUAUCGCGCGUAAAAUCAUCGACCUGGGCAAGCAAAACGCGUCAAAAGUGUCUCCCCGGCCCAGAUUACAUUCCCUGAUGACGGUUUGAUAUCAACUAUUUCUUCCGAUUUUUUAUCGCGUUCAACUUUUUGACGAGAAGUUAUUCGAGAGCUAUUCCUUGGACGGUUGACUUAUUAUUAAGAGACGGGCGGUUUAAUACCACACGUUGGUCCGAUAUAACUUCACUUUAGUGCGGAGAUCUUCGAAACUUGGUUGGACCACACUGGUAUCGAAUCGUUGGACGCGUGAUCUUUUGCGAAUAAAUUUCGGGCAUCGGAUGAUCGAAUACCGGUUCUUCGAUUUAAGUUACAUCACCUACAACGACGCUUUAGUGGCGAAGUUUAACAAGUCCGCUCCGUCGACGUUCCGCCCGAGGAGAUUCAACUGGGCCCUUAAACUUCGAUAAUUGGCCGGGUACUAUGCAUUCAGUGAAAUUGCAUCAACUGCUUUGAAGCUCGUUGCAAAGAAACCCAAACGAAUCGUUUCUUUGUAUCCCCUUCCCGAGGGGUGAGGCGAAAUGUCGAGUAUUUAAUUGGCGAAUCGAGGAAAUUCGUAGAGGGUGGUGGAGGACUUUUUUCGGUGGAGUUGGGAGAGGGGACAGGCGGAAAAAGAGAGAAGAGAGUGAUGAAUUGUUGGAUCAGCAACGUGUUAACGUGGACCGAUCGGUGUCGCGAUAUCUUCUAGAAAAAAUCUUGAAAACGGAUAUUGCAGAGCAGCCGGUCGAAACGAUGAUGGCGCGCGUGAUGAGUGACGGGCCGAGUUCGAGAUCGAAUUCGUUAACGGGGCAUCGAUGAAGCAAGAUCGAGUGACGAAGUGACGAAUCGGUUAAACGUCCGACUCGGUUUCGGUGAACGAGAGGAGGACGUUCGAGUUUGGCGAGUUACGAUGCGCGUGAAAAGUUGACGAAACCAUGUGACGCGAGCAAAACUGGGGAUAUUACGGUGCGACAGCAUAGUUGCACUGAUGCUGGAUUGUACGACGUGGUCGCCGCUCGAGUGGUUCUUUCGCCAUUCCGGAUGACAGCCGGAUGUUUUGAACAAGUGACAGUGUUACACCCCGACAGUUAAACUGGAAAAGGACCAGUGGAUCGAGUCACGGUGCUUCGGUGAGGAUUACUGAGUACUGAUAGAAAUCGGUAGUGAUGCCGUGAUGGGCUGCAGCUCGGGAUCGUUCUUCCUGGCUACGCUCCUCGUGGGUGGAUUAAUCUUCGUCCUCUUCAGCGAAUCAUCCCACGCAAGUACGAGGUUGCGACAACGGUCCGGUCCCACCGACACGCCAAGAAGCGGAGGCUCGGUGAACGAGGCCGGUGUUUUCACCCUUCGCAGCAGACAGGAGGGUGGACGGCGUGCUAGAAGAACCACGACGAGCACCACCAGCACAACGGCGUCCAGCUCGACGUUGAUUUCUCUGUCGGACGAGGUGGCGCAGCCCGCGGCCCUUUUAGCCCCCGAAGAGGACUUAUGGUCUACCAGUUCUUCCGCUACAACCAAUGUUCCAGUCACCUUAGAUACAGCUGCCGCUUCGUCAAAGCCACCCUUGGAACUGGUGGUGAAACCUCACAGCAAGGUCAUACUACCGUGCGAGCUGGAGGAAAAUUACUCGAGGCUGCUGUUGCCCGGGGUCAGGAGCUACAGAAUACGGCCAGCGACAUGGUUGCACGAGGGAAGUCCUGUAGAUAUGAUUACGAUCAACACGAGGACGGAGAUGAGCGGGACUGGACAUAGAUAUAUCGGCGACUCCAUGACUGACGCGCUGCACAUAGACAACGUCAGAUUAGAAGACGACGGUAUAUGGGGUUGCAGGCUCGAGGACGACCAAGGGAAAAUACUUUCCGGCAGGCCUGUGAAGCUCGUCGUCCUCGAGGCACCCCGUGGGACGUACCUGCUGAUAGAUGGCCGUCGGUUGGACCCAGGCAACCAGUUCGUGCCUGUAAAGGAGGGGUCCGAAUUGACGUUGGAGUGCGCCGCCGAGGGUGGGAACCCACCGCCCGAUUUGGCAUGGGGGAUGACUCUGUCUCAGGCCACUUUGGACGGUCCCGAGCAACCGCCGGACAAUCUGACCGUGUUGCCCUCGACAUCCGGCAGACGCAGCGGGGCACACCUCAAGGUUCUCAGGGGUCAUCAUAACGCGACCAUCGCCUGCGUCGCCCGUCACGUUACCCUCACCAUACCCAUGAACGCGAGCAUUCUGUUGGACGUGCAAUAUACUCCAUCGUUCGCGAUAACGCGUUUACCUGGUUUUGGAAUCCCGAUCGUCGAGGGGAUGUCCGUCAGCUUGAAAUGCGAGGUGGACAGCAAUCCGGCCAGCACGCCCAUUUGGCAGCGUGACAAUGGACCGCCCGUCGAGCAGAGCGACGACGGAUGGCUCAACUUCACAAAAAUCAGCCGCGCCGAGAGCGGCUGGUACAAAUGUUACACCAGGCACAUGCUCGGCAUAUUCACCAGCAUCGGUUAUUUUCUCAACGUGCGCUACGAUCCAGACAUGGAAACGGAAGCGGAAGCGUUGAACGGCGAGGCAACCGAUUCCCGGAAGAUGGAAGUCCAAAUCGGGGGUGCGGUGACUCUGGAGUGCGACGGUGGUUGCUGGGGACACGGUCCUGGAAUGGAUCCAGUCGGUGGUCCCGGUCCACUGGCUUUGAGUCGAGUCGUUUACCAGGAAGCCGGCGAAUAUCGAUGCGUCGCGCCUGACAGGAAAAUGCAAGACACCUGGCGCGCCCAAUUGCCCUAUCACAUCAAGGUCACCGAAAGCAAGAUAAAAGCGCGACUACGAUGAUAAUCGGGCUAAAAAUUUAUGUUACAAGGAAUUAUUGUCGUGUUGUAUUGCGUUAGUUAAAUAAAAAUCCUUAUAAGAAUAUUCAUAGAAGAGUGAGAAUCUAAACAUUCAGUCGUGCAAUGAGAUGACGAAAGAGAAUAUAGGAAGUUUUCAGACUCAAUGAUUCUCUGUCGCGUCUUCGAUCUCCCUUGUGACUGGAUUUCUGUCAGCCGAGAUUACCUUUUUUGUCAUUCCUGUCACAUCUGUCUCUCUUCCACCCAUCCUUACCAUGUUCUCUGUUCUCUAUCCUUCGUUCUUUCCACGUUUUUCGCUCAGCAAGGAUAUUUAAAAAGGAGGAAAAAAGACGAUGGAAACGUUCUUCUACGUUGGCCGUGUGACAUUCGAUUGAUUUUCACUCAAAGGGUGAGCGAGCUUCGUACAAGAGAUCCUUCAAAGAAGAAAUUUUAUCAUAAUGAUUAAAAAAUCUUGAUACCAAAUCAACUUCGUAACUCGUUGAAAUAAUUAAUAAAUUUUUAAUGUUUUAUGAUAUUUCUGUCAAAUACACAAUCGAUAACCCUCAGAGAUUAAUCGUUUGAAAAGAGAUUUCGCUCGAGUAAAAGUUUUUUCGAUCGAAGGGUCGAUCAUUUAUCAAUUUGUCCGCAAUUUUAAACCGUUCCUCUUUCAGCAUGCCACAAGGAAAAAGGCAUUAUCUGCUGAACAGAUUUCGAUAUCAUUGGUUAGCUCCUCUGCGAACAAUUACAUUUGCACGAUACACCGAAUCGCGUGACUUGUAUAGGAACGCUGAACAGUCUCGAGGGCUGACAGAUGUAGUGGGCAUUAACUCUCUUUUGCUCUUCUUCUUUCUCCCCUCUCCGUUUUCUAUUUACCUUUUCGUUUCGUUAGUUGGGAAUGAAAAGUUUCCAUCUCCGUUUUACACAGACUGAUCAAUUUUGUUUUCGACUUUGUGAAAGUUGUUUUCAACAACAUCUACAAGUUUCUAUCAUAAUGUUUCACGAUUAAAAAAAUAUACAUAUAUCUAAAAAGAGAUAAAAAGUUCAACAAGAAAAUAGAAAACGUGAAAUAAACGCGAAAAAUGUCGACAAGCCAAAAAUCAUUCAUCGGAUAAGAUAUCCAUCGAAAAACAUUUUCAACGUUCAGUAGUGCCAAAAAAAAAAAAAAGACACAUUUCACAUAAAAAAAAAAAAAAAAAAAAAGAUCACCGUUCUCUCGUGUCCUGUCACGCGAGUUGGCGAAUAUAUUUUUCCGGUAAAAUAUGCAACGACACCCAUUAACCGAUGGUACAGUGUACGGAAACGACUGUAUUGGCAGCUCGGUUCAACCCCCGGUAAUGAUCACGGCGGCAAUUUAAUAGCCGUGUAAUUAACAUGUGAAGCGCAUCCGGAAUGCUUUCCACCAUUAAUGAACGGAAUUGAGGAAGAUUAAACAAAAUUCGGUCGAGUUAUCGCGUAUUUUGUCGCCCAUCGAUCGAAAGUGCCUUCGAUCCGUCUCUAACAGUUGAACAUUUCACGAUCACGCGCCAAAAUCCAUUAAGAAACUAAUCACAUAGAGUAUAUUUACGGCUAAUAUAAUGGAUUUUCAAAAAUGGAGAGUUUUUAUUCGAAUAUUAGAUUGUGAGAAAUAUUCGUUUAAUCGAUGUAUCGAAAUCUCGAUAGAAUUUUUUCUAUAAAAGAAAGAUAUUAUUUUUCUCAUAUAUAAUGAAUUCUUUUGAAUAUUCAAACAAAUAUUUCUUAAAUUAAUUCGAUCACGAUCGUAGAAAAUCGCGACCGUCCCGCGUAUUUUUUCCCGAGAACGCAAUCGCUUUUAGAGCCAAUAAAAGAGAACAAACAUUCGUUCCCGAUGUCAUCGCAACGGAGUUGAAUUGCUUUUUACCUUUUUAUGAAAAAGAGAGAGAGAGAGAGAGAGAAAAAUUCUGAAAAGCUCGGGCACAAUAUUUACGAAGACACUUCGGGUCUCGAUCGCACGAAUUUCGCAUGCACGCUCUCGUCCCUUCUAAAAUAUAACGAUUUUCGAGGAUAACAGCAGGAGAAAGGAAUUUGCUUUCAGCGUUACAUCGAUUGUAGGAAUUUUUUCUGCUUUUUACGAGAGACGGGAAAAGUUCGGUGCACUAUAUAUUUAGGGAAAUAUUUUCGUUUCACCCCUGUGCAAUUCCGGUAACCGGACCUCUCCUAAACUACAUACUAAAUCUAAAAAUAAAAUACAAGAAUUUCUAAAUCGAUAAGAAACGAAGAAGAGAAAUUCAUUUCUCGCCAUUCGAUAAUGGCUUUUGUCAUUUUUAUCGACGAUCAAAAACUCGACAAUUCGUUCGAAUUAUUCUGAAGAAUUCACGUUUCAAGAAGUGUAAAAAAUAUCGAGCUCGUAUUUAAUGGACGGAGAUUAUUUCUUAAGUCGAAGUUCAUGUUUCACAGUACGAAGCUAAUACUUGCCUCGUUUAAAUUUUCCAGUAUUUGUUCUGAAACUUUAAUCGCGUCUACGAUACUUAAUAGGUUUAAAGUUUUAAGGCGAGGAAAUAUUUCGAUCGUUAAGAUUUAAAACUUUAAAUUUUCCCCAUCCCUGUUUCCGCGUUAUCACCAAACGUAUCGCGAUAAAUUAUAUUUCGGGGAAUAUUUCGGUUAACAGGAAUCGCUUUUCCUCUUUUCCUAUUUCCGCUCAUAAAAAUGCAACUACCGAUCCAAGCAAAUCUCCACCUCGAGACAAUUUUUAAAUCUUUCGUCCGAGAGAGGAAGUGGGAAAUCCAUCGUGGAAAUCGUUCGCGAAUCUUCCUCUUCCUCUUCCUUUUCUCCCUUCCUUUCCUUUUUUUUCCCCCCACGAUCUUCUUCUUGUCAAGACGCCAGAGACAGUGGAGCUCGGGACGGAAUAUCAUAAAAGCGCUAUUAGCGAAUCUGACGCGAUCUGCUAUGCAGAUUAAUCGUAUUCCCUGACCCGCCUUGCACCAAGGCUGAAGAAUAUCGCCAGGGGAUAUUAGGUAUGCACGCCGCGACGCCGUGACCAUAAAUCAAUUUGUAUCCCGGCCGUAAUGUGUUCAUAAUUCAUGCUUAGCCUAACACAGCUAUACGUUGAGGGGUGAAAAAUUAACGCUUCGAAAAUAAACGCUAGCUAUUUCGUCUUAUUAUCGGCAAUAAUCGGUCGUUCGAUUCUUUGCUUCCUUUGCUCUCGAUGAUUAUUCUUCCAUCCUCGUCUUGAUGAUUGGUACGGAGAAAGAGAUCAUUCCUGAUAAUUCGGAGUAACGCUUUAUACCCCCUCGUUAAUGUAGAAUCGAGAUUGUACGGUUUAAUUAUUCAUCGAUUUCAUAUUUUAAUGAAUGUUUAAUUCGCGAGAGAAGAUAGCCGGGAUAUGUUUUAUUCAACGUAUUAAGUAUUUGGUUUAAAUGAAACGAUUUUAUACGAUCAAAGAUCAUGCGAGCAUUUUGUUUGUUUGUUGGAAUGGGCUAGAUAAACGUGUAUAACGUGUUCAAUUGAUGUAAUGGUAUGAGAGAGUAACGAUAUGAUUACGACGUCUGGUCAAUGCGGUAUGUUUAGAGUGGUCUCGUUUUAUGAUUCAAUUAUGUAUAUGUUGCGGUAAAUACAAGUACGGUUACUGGCAAAUUUAUACGUGUAUAUAAUUUCACUAGCAGAAGGAUGCUUCGAAAUUGAUAACGUUGGCUGUUAAUGGGGAAUAUAUAUAUGUGCUGCGGUAAAAGCGUACUAAUGGACGUGUGUCUUUUGAAAAAUCGAUAUGUUUUAUUGUUAAAUAUAUUAAUUUCACCAACACAAUAUAUAUAUACAUAUUUUUUUAAUUUAAAACAAGGAAAAAUAGGUCAAUAAUUAUUGCGUUACACGAUGCU